AUGGUUGGGGGUACCGCGCAUACCUGUGCGUUGUUUUCCAUCGGCCGGAUCAAGUGCUGGGGGUUGAACGACAAGGGGCAGCUCGGUCUAGGACAUUCAAACUCUGUUGGGGAUUCAAGCAAUGAGAUGGGGAACAACCUUCCGUUCCUGGACCUUCCGGCGAUGGCAAAGGAUAUCUCGGCUGGAUGGAAGCACACAUGUGCCUUGUUUGAAGACGGUUCCGUCCGAUGCUGGGGAGCAAACGAUUACGGUCAACUAGGUCAGGAGAAUACGCAGACUUUAGGGCGGUCACCUUCAUCGGUUCCAUCACAAAUACCGCGAAUCAAACUCGGGAGUUGGUAUUUUGCUUCCAAGAUUUUCUCCAACGAGAACUACAAUUGUGCAAUAUUCACGAACGGCAAGGCGAAGUGUUGGGGAGAAGGAUCAAAUUAUCAAUUGGGAUAUGGUUGGAACUGGAAUGCAAUUGGUGAUCAGGCUGGUGAUAUGGGUGACAAUUUGCCUGAUCUUGAUCUGGGCUUCGAACCUAUUCAAAUUUCGAUGGGAAAAGCAAGUGUUUGUGCCUUGUCUGCCGAUAGUGAGAUGAAGUGUUGGGGUUACAAUGGUGGUUCCACAUACAACGUCAUAAUGGCAGGAUACAGUUGGGCUAACCUUCCCGAUCUAAACUUUUCUACAACUUGUAACGUGGUGGAUAUCUCAACAUCCUGGUCAUCUACAUGCGUUUUAUUUGACUGUGGAAAGAUCAAGUGUUUUGGAAUCAACGAUGACGGAGAGCUGGGAUUGGGAAGCGUUUCAUGGAGUGCAGUUCCACAAUCCUUUACAAACUUGGGUACUGGGCUUGUAAUCCAAAACGUUUAUGUCUUUCCAUACCACUCAUGUGCAGUAUUCACGGACAAUUCGGUCAAAUGUUGGGGAUUCAACUCUGAUGGACAACUUGGACUAGGGGAUAAAGUUCCACGAGGAAAACUACUGUCUGAUAUGGGCGAUAAUCUUCCAUUUGUUAAUUUAGGAUAUGUGAGUAUUGUCCUAGUGCUUGAGACUUCCUUUGUUGAACCCCUGCUUUGA